AGUGAAGCAAUGACGUAUUCAACAGAAAACGAGGCCUCGUUUGUCAUCGUCACGUGAUUUUCACGGAAACGAUACAAGCCUCGAAUCGGGGCUUCAUCUGGAACGCCCCUUUUUGCUCGACACAAGCUCCGGAGCUUCGCUUCAGAUGUCCCAUCACUAAUGUUAAGUCUAAGGGCAAGUGGAGAAGAAGGACUGAAAAAAGAGGAUGUGGAUGUGGUUUGUUGUGAAUCUUCCACACAGGAACUCAGUCUGACUUUACUCUGUUAUACUGAGUCUAAGCCCACAGAUGAUGAAUCUACUGAUCAAACCUCCACAGAGUCUCUGGAUUCUGUCUGUAACGCUGGAGAACAGCAGCAGAUCCUGCAGACCAAACUCAAGAUGUGUUCAGUUAAACUCAUCGACUGCAAGAACCUCAUGAUGGAGAUCAAAACUGAACCUACAGAAGAUGAAGAUCACACUGAUGAAGACGAUAAUGAUUUUAUAACUUCAGAUGAUAGAAAUAACUCCUGUUCUAAGGGAGAAAUAACCUCCUCAACAUCAGAAAAGCGACUGACGGCACAAACUCUUUCCUCACAGAGACAUUUAGAGAGACAUGAGAGAAAACACACAGAACAGAAACUCUUCACCAGAUCUGAGAUCAGCUUUACUACCAUACAAGAGAAGAAACUUCAUUCAGAAGAGCACACAGACAAGAAGAAGAAGCAGUUUCAAUGUGAGCAGUGCGGGAAGGUUUGUGUCUCUUCUUCUAGUCUGAACGUUCACAUGAGGACACACAGUGGUGAAAAACCUUUCAACUGCACUCAAUGUGGCUAUUGCUUCAGCAACAAAGGAAAUCUUGAUGUUCAUAAGAGAAUUCACACAGGAGAAAAAACAUACAAGUGUCCUCACUGUGAGAAGAGAUUUAUCCGCAAAAAUCAACUACUAAGACACAUGCGUUCACACACCAAUGAAAGACCGUAUCAGUGCAGUGAAUGUGGAAAAAGCUUCAGGGAUUCAGGUUGUCUAAAGUCACACCAAAAAAUACAUUCUGAUGAGAAACUCUAUCAAUGUUCACACUGCGAUAAACGUUUUCGUCAUCAAUUUCAGCUAAUACCCCAUGAAAGAACUCACACUGGAGAGAAACCGUACCUCUGCUCUCAUUGUGGAAAGAGCUUCUCUACUCCAAGUUCUAUUAGUGUUCAUCUAAGACUUCAUACUGGAGAGAAACCUCAUCUGUGUAAUGUUUGUGGGAAGAGUUUCAGAAGACUUGACGUUUUUAGGAAACACCAGAGAACUCAUACUGGAGAAAAGCAUUACAAAUGCUCUCAGUGUGAUAAGAUAUUUGCUCGUUCAGAUGUCCUGAAAAUCCAUGAAAGACUUCAUACUGGAGAGAAACCUUACCAGUGCUCAAUCUGUGGAGAAAGAUUUGCUCAGUUAGGCAGUUUUAAACCUCACCAGAAGAAACAUGCGAAAGAACAAACUACACUGGCAUUGCACCUCAGUCUGGAAAAGGCGGAGUAAGUGUUUACUGUCAGUAGAGGUCAAUGCUGCGUUGAGUUUUCAGGUGGAUUGAGGUUUCAUGAUCCCUGGAAAAUCAAUGUUUGCAAAAUGUCUUUAGUUGUGGUUGUGGCCUUUAACUACACCAUGCUGGAUCAACAAUGAAAGCAACAAUCAGUCAGAACUGAAAGCACAUAACGGCAUGAUUUUUUUGACGUGUUUUCUGCUAUAUAUGCAAUAAUGUGACAAAGCUUUUAUUUUAACUGAUGUGAUUUUUAUUUUAACUGAUGCAAUUUUUAUUUUAACUGAUGCGAUUUUUAUUUUAACUGAUGUGAUUUUUAUUUUAACUGAUGCAAUUUUUAUUUUAACUGAUGCGAUUUUUAUUUUAACUGAUGUGAUUUUUAAUGUAAUUGCAUUAAUCUAUAAAGCACACACUGAUGAUUGAUCUGUUAAGUACUUGAGAAAACAGGGUGUGUUUGAAAGAUCUUGUUUGUGAAUAAAGCUUUCUUAAAGAUAUACAGUGUGCAGUAUUCAUUGGUAAGCAUUACAUCCUGAAUACAGCCAUGACUAAAAUGUCCAACUGUCAUUACUAAACUGGAAAAUGUUAAUAUU